UCAUCAUCAAACCGAACCGAGUUUAUUUUAUACCGUACCACGAACCGCAAUAAGAAUAAUCGCGUUUCUAUUUCCGACACGCGACCUACUAAGUAGCGCAUAUUCACCACACGGUUAUUUUUAAUACGACAAAAUGUGCUUAAUUUUGUUAAAAAUGUUCAAGAGUGCAGUCGGCGACCUUUGCAAAAAGACUUGAAAGUGAAUAGUGCAUUUUUUUAGUUAAUUUGGAUAUAUUUUUAGUAUUAUAUUUAUUCACCGGUAUAUAAAACCCCAUCAGUUCCUAAUAUCAAUAUCAAGCAAAUCUGUGAUACUACAAGCAAGAAGCGCUUAUUCAACAUCUGUGAUUAUUAUUAAGUAUACCCUAGUAUUGCCAACCAUAAGAUUAUAGUACAUAAAAGCAAAGAUGAGUACUACCAAUAGCAUAGAAGAGAGAAACCAAGAGAUGCUGGGUCAAAAACUGAUCGAUAAAGUUAAAUAUGAGAUUGAGACUGUAAAACAUAGCAAAAUUAGUGGACCGAAGCAAAAGUUAUUAGGAAACCGCUCGGCACCAUCGCUGGCAGCCCUGCAAACCGGCCAGAUCUCAGCUCCGGCGAAUUUACCUCGAAGGCGUUCGGAUAACAGUUUAUUUGGUUCCUUUCACCGACUUAGAACUAGUAUUGGAAACGGACCUAAAGAUCCUAAUCAUGUUUGGAAUAGAUAUCGUCAGAGUCGUUUUAACGCCAGAAGAAUAAGAAAAAGGGUUGUUUUUAAAAACGGGGAGUGUAACGUGGUCCAAGGCAACGUAGCCAAACGGAGACGCAAAUACCUUCAGGAUAUAUUCACAACUUUAGUAGAUGCGCAGUGGAGAUGGACACUUUUAGUGUUCGCACUAAAUUUUCUAAUAUCCUGGCUUCUCUUUGCAUUGAUUUGGUGGCUGAUUGUUUUCACACAUGAUAUAAGGAUAGGCGAUGACUAUGUAAACAGUACUGACACACAACCUUGCUUGACAGGAGUACACAGUUUCACAACCGCUUUCUUAUUUAGUGUAGAAACUCAACACACAAUUGGUUUUGGCACUAGAGCCACCACGGACGAGUGUCCUGAAGCCAUUUUCAUCUUAUGUAUACAGGCAAUCGCUGGUGUUAUGAUUCAAGCUUUUAUGGUAGGAAUAGUGUUCGCAAAAUUAUCUCGUCCUAAAAAACGCACACAAACGUUGCUGUUUUCCAGAAAUGCUGUGAUUAGCCAUAGAGAUGGAGUGCCUUGUUUAAUGUUCAGAGUGGGCGACAUGAGGAAAAGCCACAUAAUUGAAGCACAUGUCAGAGCUCAACUAAUAAAACAUAAAGUUACCAAGGAGGGAGAGCAUUUGCCGUUCUUUCAAACUGAACUGAAGGUAAAGGUUGGAGGAGAUGGGGAGGUAGACAAGAUUUUCUUUAUUUGGCCUACCACUAUCGUACAUAAGAUCGACAGUGCAUCACCACUUUACAAAAUGUCCGCCACCGACCUCUUAAGGGAGCGAUUUGAAAUCGUUGUUAUUUUAGAAGGUGUCAUAGAAUCAACAGGCAUGACCACACAAGCAAGAUCAAGCUAUUUGCCCUCAGAAAUUUUAUGGGGGCACAGAUUUGAAUCACUGGUGACUUUUAAGAAGGAUUCUGGAGAAUAUGAGGUUGAUUAUGCUUUGUUUAAUCAUACAACGCAGGUGGACACGCCUCUUUGUAGUGCCAAACAGUUGGAUGAACAUAGAGCAAUAUUUAGUGCAGACGCUGGUUCGGAUCAUAUAAGAUCCAGUCUAUUUCCAUCAUUACGUACCCAAUCCAGUGAUAGCCUCUCUAGUUUGGAGUCCUUCAUGGACGACGGACAUAUAGAAAUUAAGAUUCCUCCUCGUGUCGAUAGUCACCUUGAUAUGAAGUAUAUGCCCGUUAAAAGCGAACUAUCGCCCAACGAUUUUUCAAGCCUUAAAUACCACGGCAAAAAUAGUUUUAAAAAUAAAGACUGCGUGAUAGACAUUUGCAACAAUCAAAAAGACGUGGGACCCUUUGGACGGAUCGAUAGUCACAUUGACAUGAAGACGAUGCCUAAUAUCCAUGAGGAUGAUGGAGAAAGUAGUCCGCAUAGUAGUUGUUUGGAAAUGAAAAUUACUGUUCCUUCCAUUAAUGUUACGCCUGACUAUGAUCAACAGUGUGAAGAACAAGUUCCUAUGCUAAAUGGGAAUCUUAGUCAUAGAGUUGAAAUAGUUUGAACCUGUAAUGUGUAGUAUAGUAUAAGUUUUGCACGCUUUCCAGAAUUUAUUUAUUUCACCAGGGAUACAGAAAAACUACCAUAUGUAUCAACAGAUCUGAAUAUUUUUAAUAAAAGUCAUGUAUAGAAGUUUCUUGAAGACCUCACUAGUAUGUGUUUUUUUUAUUUGUCAAAUGUCUGUUAUUUAUAAGCACUAUAAUUAAUUUUCAGUUUUUUUAUAAUUUUUGAUUUAAAAAUCCACCUGAAUAGUUCGAAUCGUCAUUCAAAAUCAGUAUAGUGACAAGUUAGUUUUUAAUAUUUAAUUUAGUAUAUAGAAAAUGAUUGAUAAAUUUAAGCUAUUACUAUACUUUUAAGUCCAACUGUUGUAAACUAAGAAAAUUAGACUCAUAAAGAAGGUGUUACCUCCUUUAUCUAAGGGCUAAUAUUUAUCUUGAUACAAUAUUUUUCAUAAAAAUAUCAUCAAUCUAUCGGCUUGUGCGUUUUAUUGUAUAUUUUGUAUUUUUUUUACCUAAGUAUUAUUUGUGAAUUCUUAGUUUUUUGUGAUACCAUUUCCGUGUCAAUUUUAAUGUGGCGACGUUAGUUUUAAUUAAAAAUAUUUGUUUUUUAA